AUGCAUCAACAUAAUAAAUAGUUGAUUUUGAUUAAUAGUCAUGGGGGAUGUGCUGGAGGUCAUAAUUAAUAUGCUUUGGAUUAUUUAUAAAGAGUAGGAUUAAUGAGUAGUUCAAAUUAUCCAUAUGUUGCUAAGAACUAAACUUGCAAAUAAACUAAUUUCUUUAUCAAUGGUUAUACAUAUAUUGGAGGAUCUGUAUAUCAAUAUCUGAGUGAUUAUCUAGUAUCAGUUGGUAUUGUUGCAACUAAUUGGUAAUUUUAUUCAUCAGGAUUAUUUAGGAAUUGCUCAUCAAAUCCAAAUGCAACUAAUCAUAAUAGUUAAAAAAUACUUUUUUUGCAAUCUACAAAAAUAAUUUGAGAACUUUAAUCACUCAGAAAAAAACUAUUACAAUUUAUAAUUUAACGAAGCAAUCUAAAUUUUUUUUUUUUUNAUUAGAUUAUAAUGUAUUUUAAAUUUAUUAAAUUUUAGAUUAGCAUUAAAAAUAUAAGAUCAAAAUUACAAUAAUGUAAAUUUAAAAGCACAUCAGAAUAAGGAACUGCCUCAAAAAUAACUUUAAUUAAUGAUGUAUUUAUUCGAUCUAUUUUCAAGAUAUAUGAUGAUUUAACAAAAAGAUAAAAUUUCAUCAAAGAUAAACUUGGAGAAGAGAUGUAUUCACAAUUCUUAAAUAAGAAACUAGAUUUUAAUAAAAUGUACAAGGCAGCAUUCAAAUAUCAUUAAGAUCCCACUUUAACAUUAAUGGAACCCUAUUGA